GGCCGGGCGAUGGCGGCGCGGGGGCCCGGGCGCCGCGCGCUCCGCCUCCUCCUCCUCCUGCUUCAGCUGCUCUCCGGGCUGCGGGGCGCGGCGGGAGCGGGUCUCGGCCCGGGAGGAUUAGCAGCACCUUCCCUUGUGGUGAAACAUGAAGACAAUUUGUUUAAGGAUUUAUUUCAAGACUACGAAAAAUGGGUUCGUCCUGUGGAGCAGCUGAAUGACAAAAUAAGAAUCAAGUUUGGCCUGGGCAUCUCUCAAUUAGUGGACGUGGAUGAGAAAAAUCAGUUACUGACCACGAAUGUCUGGUUGAAGCAGGAGUGGACGGACGCCAAGCUGAGGUGGAAUCCCGCCGACUACGGCGGCAUCGCGGCCAUCCGCGUGCCCUCGGACUCGCUCUGGACCCCGGACAUCGUGCUGUUCGAUAAUGCGGACGGACGCUUCGAGGGCGCCAGCACGAAGACGGUGGUGCGGCACGACGGGCGCGUGUCGUGGACGCGGCCCGCCAGCUACCGGAGCUCCUGCCCCAUGGACGUCACCUUCUUCCCCUUCGACCUCCAGAACUGCUCGCUGCGGUUCGGCUCGUGGACCUACGACGGCUCGCAGGUGGAGCUGGUGCUGGCGGCGCGCGAGGCGGACCGCGCCCACCUGUUCGACAACGGCGAGUGGGAGCUGGUGAGCGCGGCGGGCGCGCGCGGCGGGGGCGCGGGGCGCGGCGGCGGCGUCGCGGGCGCCACCUUCGCGCUGGUGCUGCGGCGCCGGCCGCUCUUCUACGCGCUCUUCCUGCUGGCGCCCUGCGCGGGCCUCGCGCUGCUCACCGUCGCCGUCUUCUACCUGCCCGCGAGCGAGGGCGAGAAGCUCAGCCUGAGCACCUCGGUGCUCGUGUCGCUCACCGUCUUCCUGCUGGUCAUCGCCGAGAUCAUCCCCUCCUCCUCCACCGCCAUCCCGCUCGUCGGCGAGUACCUGGUCCUCACCAUGAUCUUCGUCACGCUCUCCAUCGCCGUCACCGUCUUCGCCAUCAACCUGCACCACCGCACGCCCGCCACGCACUCCGCCAUGGCGCCCUGGGUGCGCGGGGCCUUCCUGCGCCGGCUCCCCCGGCUGCUGCGCAUGCGCCGCCCCGCCGCCCGCCUCCGCGGCGCCGCCCGGCCGCCGCCCGGCCACCCCGCCCGCCCCGGCCCCGGGGGCCCGAGCGCUCUGGAGGCCGCCCUCGACUCCCUCCGGCUCAUCACCUGGCACGUGGCCAAGGAGAGCGCCGUCCGCCAGGUGGUGGAAGACUGGAAAUUCAUAGCCCAGGUUCUCGACCGGCUGUGUCUGUGGACCUUCCUUCUGGUUUCAGUUGUUGGAACGCUUGGCCUUUUCAUUCCUGUCAUUUACAAAUGGGCUGCAAUAAUCGUUCCUGUGCACACUGGGAACACACGUUAAGUGAGAAACCUCCCCGGGAGCUGUAGUGCGAGUUCACGCAGCAAGCACACACCUCCCGAUGCUCGUAAGUGACCAGACGCUACCAGGUGUGAACAGUGGCUUAUCUUCAUAGAUGUUCUGCUACAAAGCACAGAUCCACCUGCCUGACUCGCGUCCUCAUUAGAAGUAACAGC